AUGAUAUCGACAGACGUUUCACCUACAAAAAGAUUCAUCCAAUGUACAUGUGCCAUUUUUUGGUGUUUACUAUCUGGAGGACCAAUUUUUGGAUUUGCUGCUUUAAAGCCAGUUUUAAUCAAAGAACACGUUUAUGAAUAUUUAUGUGAUAUACACACUCUUGGUAGUGGUAAUGGAGAUGGCGAUAAUAUUAUUGCCAAAUGUACUAAUCAAGAUUUGAAAUUAAACAUGAUGUUUACAGUUGCUGCUAUGUUAACUAAUGUUUCAGCAUUUGCAAUUGGACGUGUAUUGGAUGUAUAUGGACCUAAAGUUUGUGGUUUAAUUGGAGCAUUUUUCUUAUAUUUGGCAUGUUUUGUAUUCAUUUAUUCUAAAAACUUGGCAGGAUCUAUAAUUGAUCCAUAUUUAUUUGGAUAUGCAUCAUUAGCAUUGGGUGGACCUUUUGCAUUUAUUUCAUCAUUUCAAUUAUCAAACUCAUUCCCAAAGAGAAGUGGAACUAUUUUGGCAUUGAUCACAGGUGCAUUUGAUGCUUCAAGUGCAGUAUUUUUAUUAUAUCGUAUUGUUUACAAGAAUUCAAUGGGAAAUUUCACUUUAGAAAAAUUCUUCAUGUUGUAUUUAUUGGUUCCUACUUUUAUCACAGUAGCACAAAUUGUGGCUAUGCCAAAUGAAUCAUAUCAGACUCAAAUUAAUUCAAGUGCCCUUUGUGCCAAUGAUGAUGAAAGUCAUGGUCAUGUUAUUUCCCCUGUAACUUCUGCUUCAGCAAAUGAUACAAUUGUUGGCACAGCUACUGAAACCACACCAUUGACAGAAGCAACCUCCCCUAGACUUACCACUACUACUUCACGUAGAGAUUCUAUUGGUGAUGCAAUUAAACAACCUUAUGAACUUGAAGGUGAACAAUUCUUGGUAGAACAUUCAGGAGGUGUAUUUGGUGUUUUACAUGGACGUACUGCCCAACAACAAAUGAGAACUUGGUGGUUUGUUUUAACUACUUUGUUUAGUAUUAUCAUGAUGUUAAGAAUCAAUUAUUUUGUUGCUACUAUUGGUACUCAAUAUCAAUAUAUUUUUGGAUCUAUUGAAAUUUCAGAUUCAUUAAACAAAUUUUUCGAUAUUGCUUUACCUUUAGGUGGUAUUGUUAGUGUUCCAUUUAUUGGUUUGUUUUUAGAUAAUUAUUCAAGUUUAACUGUUUUAUCUUGGUUACUGGGAAUUUCCCUUACAAUUGGUGUUCUUGGAUUACUUCCUAACUAUGGCUUGGCAGUUAUUGGAGUUUGUAUGUUUGUGGCAUAUAGACCAUUGUUCUACACUACAAUUUCCGAUUUCUGUGCCAAGGUCUUUGGUUUUGAAAACUUUGGUACCGUCUAUGGUGCUAUUAUGUGUUUAUCAGGGAUUUUCAACGGAGGUCAAGCAUUGUUAGAUCAACUCACCCAUACCACCUUCAAGAUGAAUCCAAUCCCAAUCAAUGUGAUCUUGUUACUCGUCACAUGUGUAAUCAGUGGAUCCAUUAUUGGCUAUAUCUACAAAUUCACCAGGAAAUAA